GCUUGUAGCUACGCCCAUGGUCCCCAGGAACUCCGCCCCGAUGUAGCGGCCGGAGGAGGUAGUGGGAGUAUAAUGGAUGGAGGUGCCUCAUCCAUGCCCAUGGGAAGUGCUCCGCCCAAUAAUCCCUACUAUAAGACGCGGAUGUGUCAGGCGUUUCAGCAAGGGCUAUGUCAGAAGGGUGCCUACUGCAACUAUGCCCAUGGUGCUGAUGAGAUGGCAUAUUAUGGAGGCGGUGUAUCUGGGGUGCUUGCUGGUGCGGGCGGAGAUCUGCCUAAAGGUGCUGUCAGUGCAAAUGAUAUAAGACUGGCCGAGAAGCGGCGGUUUGAAAAGAAACGUCACCAUCAUAACGCUUCAUCACGGAGCGAUUACAGUAGCGACAGUAAUAGCAGUAGUUCAGAGGACGAAACUGAUCGUCGUAUCCGAGAACUGCAACAGCGGCUUGGACUUGGCCAUAAUGGAGUUAAUACGCUACCAGGCAGCAAUGGUCCAAUGGGACCACCGGUUGCAGCGGGGAUGGGCAUGAUGGGCCAGCAAGUUUCUAUUCAAGCUCCCGCUCCAAGGAGGUAUAGAACUGAAUUAUGCAAGCACUUUAUGGAGGGUAAAUGUGGCUAUGGGGAGCAUUGCUCUUACGCUCAUUCCAUGGAAGAAAUACGUCAACACGUAGCUGGUAACCUCCCUGCUUCUAGCCCAAUCCAGACCUCGAUUCAACAGUCAAACUCCAUGACGGGGCAACCGCUCGCUCAGCCUCAGUUCAAUAUAGCAUCGUCAGUGUCUCUCCUGGAGAGUGCACGAAGUGAUCAAUCAACUAAACGGAGCCAGUUGGGACACGGUCACCACCACCAGAAGGAUAAGAAGCUUCGUACAAGUUCUGGUGCACCUGCUGCGGUGAAGAUCUGUCUCGACGAUCUCUAA